AUGGACGCCGCCACCGCCGCCGCCGAAUCUAGCACACCAACAAUCCCCAUCCUCAGACGACGGAACUCCACCGGGUCACCAACUGUCGAUACAAAAGCCUACCACUCUUCUUCCUCCUCCUCCAUCGCCACCACUACAACCGCCACCACCUCCACCUCCUCCUCCUCAUCUUCUUCUUCUUCAGUGGAUUUUGAGCUGAUCGCGAUCAAACCCACUUGUUAUACUUCCCUCCGGGAUAUACUUCCAUCGCCGACAUCCUUCGUCCAAUCCCCUAAAGCUGCAUGCUCCGCCGUCCAUUCGGGUUAUGAAAUCUCGAUAAAGAAUCACCUUGUGAAACAGGCCGCAUGGGCUUACCUUCAACCCAUGUCCACCUUUCCUGAAGCCGACGGAACCACCGUGCUCCACCGCCUCUGGAUUCAAUUCUCCGGUGCUGUCCUCCGUCUCAUAACCGCAACCUUCGAUUGCCUCCUCCAAGCCGGAACCACCGCCUCCAAAUUAUAACACUUACAGAAGGUAACAGAAUUGUAAAACACCCACCACAAUUUCGCUUUGAUUUUCUCAAUUUGUAGAAACAAAAAAAGAAAUCAAUUGAAUGAAUGAAAAUCAAAAUCAGAUUACAA